AUUUGAUAUUUCAUUUUGCUUUCACAAAAUUCUCAAGAGCCUCUGCUUAUUCGGCCCUUCCUCAGAAAUCAAUGCGGAUCGUUUGGUGCAGAUUUUUGUCUGUACGUGCCGAGACAACUCAAACAGUUUCAAAUGUUAAGUGGAAACUUCAACAUUAUCAAAAGACAGGGGAGUUCAAAAAAUUCAGUGCAAAAGAAUUUAAGCGUAAAAGUGAGAAUAACAGGAAAAAGUUGGUAAAAGUCUACUCCAGAAGCGGUGUUUCACCUCAAAAAGCAUUGAUUCUUAUAAAAAGCAGAUACGAUGGUGCUAUCAUCCCCGAUGAUCUGGGGAAUGCAAUCAACUUGCAAGCCCUUUCGCCGAACAACCUUCGAAUAAAUGAUCCCAUACUGCUUCAGCUUUUUAAGGGCCUAACACAGGCCAAGAAAGUUGAAAGACGAAGGAUCGAUGACCGCAUCGUCAUGACUCUCACCGGAGUCACUAGAGAACUGAUACAAGACUCAUAUUUCGUUGCCCGUGAUGUUGCUCAUCUUCUUGAAAGAGACAAUGACAUAAUAAGGGCAAUGGAGGUAUGCCGUCUUGCCAAAAGCGAAGGGUCUGUGGGAAUAAAUGAGAUUCUUGAUUGGUGCCUCAAAAGAUCGAAGAAGGAAUUGGCUAAAAAGGUCCUAGUAACCAGAGGUAAAUGGGGUAUUCCACUUACACCUGCUACCUAUGUAACAUAUUUCAGUGGCCUUUCUGACUGUCAUGAGUGGGGCCUGGUGAGCGAAAACUUAGCAAAAGAAGUAAUGAAACAAUUUGAAGGGAGUGCAAUUGGUGCUAGCAUCGAAACAUUCAAUGCUGCUUUAAAACUCAUUAUCAAAAACUACAAUAAUGAUCAAGCUCUUGCAUGGGAAUUUCUUGAUUUAUUAAGCGUCAUGAAACUUCGUCCUGAUGCUCAUACAUUUACUAUAUUCCUACAGGGCUUACGAAUUUACUAUCGGGAUAGUAUUGAGUCAAUUAAGAAAGACUCGAAAAUUCUGCAGCAUCAAAGAUUACAACGGUUGUUUGAAAAAGAGGCAAUCUUGAUUCUGCAAGCAAAUUCGAUUUUGGAGAAAGCUAUGAUUCUUGCCACUCCUCCUACUCCGCCAAGUGCUGAUGAAAUCGAUAAAAAUCCCGAAUCCUUGCAACAUUAUAAGAAACAAAUCCGCUUCCCUAGCUUGGAUAUUGACCGACACUUCGCGGUCGCCUUUCUCCUGUGCUACUGCAAUCCUUUGGCAGGAACUUCUUGGGCCAAUAACAGCGGUUCCCACUAUUGGUAUAUUCAACAAUCUCUUGCCUAUCUUCAAGCUUGGAUUCCUGAAAUUGACAGCAUGGUGGAAUUUUUGGCAUCAUCAAAGAAGAGUGGUCAGGAAAAAAAAUACGUACACUUGGAACAUAUGAACACGUUGAAACCAAAUCCUAUUAUUGUGCGUAAGACUGAUGCAAGAGUUGAAAAAGCGGAGAUUUCUCAAGAUUUUUUACCGCAAAAUGUUGCAAAAGCUAAAACCAGGAAAGAAAUGAACCCAUGGUUGCCCUUCCCCCCACCUCCAUUCACUAACCCCCAUCAUGCUACUUUCCGCACUGGCAUUGAGAAGCAAUUGAUAGAUUUCGCGAGAGUGAAGGCUGGCGAUAUGCACAAAGAAUUUGUUCAGUACAAACAGUCGCGGCAAAGAAAUCAUAGAGGGAGAGCUGUGGCGAUCAAAAAAAAGAGCAUCCAUAAAAGAGAUAAACAGAGCGUCAACAAGUUUUUGUUGCGCAUAUUUUUUGACUGUAUUUUGAGACUUGGGCUUUAUGAAGAAUUUUACAAAGCAAUGUGGCUCUCAAUUCUGACCUGGGCAGACAUAAAGGUGGACAAUGGGAAACUUCGUGAAUUCACCCUCCUGUCAUCAAAGAUCAUGUCUGCAGAGUCUUAUCCUGUGAUUGAUUCAUUGAGGGCUAGAAACGAUCAUAUCCGGUCUUCUAUCCUGAAUGCUCUGCUCGAUGUUAUUGAUAUUGGGCUUGUGGAAGACUUCAUUCACAAAAUUGAGGAACACUUUCCUCUCUCACAUAAUCCGACUUCCUUGGUUAUCGAAUUGUUGGCAGUUUUUAGUAAUCGCGAGUUGAACAAAGAACAAAAAUUGUGUCCAAGGCCAGCCACAUUCAAUGCAGUAUUUUCCAUGCUCAACCGGGACAUGUAUCGUUAUGGUGACCGUAAUGUGGCUAUGGGAUACCAAGAGAGUAGGAAGGAAAACCUGAUGAAUAAUACUCACAAAAAGUCGAUGACAUUUUCGCAACUCAAUGAACUUUUGGAUUCACUUGAUAUCCUUGUGCGAAGCAUAUUCUCUAUUUAUGGAGGCUCUAGCAUGGAAAGUCGGUUCUUGCAGUCGUAUGAAAAUUUGGUGCUGAAAAUUUACAUGUCUACGUGGGAUGAUAUUCCAGAUGACCAUGUGAAUUCAAUCAUCAUACACAAAAAACUCAUUAGAUCCGGGAUCUUGAUGUAUAGGCCGGAUCACCUCGUCGACCGGCGUGAGAAUCAUGUCUACUCAAGAUUGAUAAAGAAGUCCAUGAACUUUGUUCACGAAAAGUUAAAAGAAAAAACAGACCUUCUGAAAGACGAUGUGGACUUGAUGAUGUGUCUUCGAAACUUAGCAACCAUCGAGAGACACAAAAAGAAUACCGUGUCGGAAUUUGAAGCCUCUCAGAUGAGGCUCUACCAACUCACUGGCAACCCUCGUAUUGAUGUGAAGGCACAAGCCAGUCAAAGGACCAAAGAGUGAUACAUGUGCGAAAUCGGUCUUAAGAUACAAGGCAGAACUAUUUGAAAGUCCGAAAUUUUGAAUAGCAAUUUGCAUUAAAGAAUUCUAAAAAGCUGUGUCUGUGAUUUUCAACUGGGUUUUGUUCGAGUCCUCUGCGCAAACUGUAUAUAUUUGGUAGGAUUCGAACAGGUAUCCCCAAUUAGAAGUCUGAGUAUGUAAUCACAGUUCAUUUUGUUCUUUCAUGACUUGAGCUGCAGCCCUUUAUUUAAGUUUCACAUGACUUCGUCACAUAAACGAAAAUUAUUCCGCUACGGAACACGAAAGCAAAUAUCGUGCCAAGCUUUACUCUGGUGAUGUUAAAUGAGGGAACAGCAAUAUACCCCAUGUUAAAUUCAAUUAUUUAGGAAACAAUAAAUCCUUUUGUAAAAGUAUUAGCUUGCGAGAGGACAU